GGUCUAUUGACUUGUUUUUGGCAUCGAAGAAGGAAAACAAGGUCUAGUUUGUUCCAAACAGACAAAAACAAGCGAGAGCCCUUCUCUUCCUGUCACUUCACAGUAAGCCGAGAACUAUGAAGGUCUUCUUAAUCUUGUGUAUACUCUGGAUUGCAGUGACAGAUGGAAAUGUAGUCAGACGUCAGACUGAUAUCACCACAUCCACCAGGAUCCCACCAGCUAAUCCAGAGAUAACCACGGUGUACAGGGUCAACUGCAACUGCCCCUUCACCCCUCAGUAUGCCCCUGUCUGUGGCUCUGAUGGCCAAAGCUACGGAAACAAGCAGAUCCUUGAUUGUGCUGUGUUUUGUGGAGCCAAUGUCACAAUGGUGUACUCAACUGCUUGUGGAUCCAAUAGAGGAUAAUUAAACUACAAGACAAGUUAUAUAUCCAGAUUCAGAAAUAUAACUACUAUAUGUCAAUUAUAACUUUUUUUUAUUUGA